CGUCGGUGAUUGGUAACACAUCAAACACACACGGCGUCGAUGAUAUUACGAAGACACCAAAAAUAACCUUGCAUGCCUCCCUAAUAAGAUUGAACGUUUCAGCAUCGAAGAAUUGUAACGAUGUUACCAAUCCGUCCCAUCAGAUCUCCGAGACUUUAUUGUCAAACCCGCCAACCUUACCCAGGCCGAGCAAUACUCUACAAAAGCCUACCCUAUCUGGGGAUCUGAUGGUCAAACCUACAAAGAAUUGACUGAACAAUCUCUCCCCGUGUAGGAAUACUGGGGCGCCUAUCAGAAAGAAUGUAAUCAAGCCCCAUGGGGUGGAGACUCAUUCUGAACGUGGUAUGCUCUUGCCAAUCCUAGUCCUCAAUAUUAGAUCAUAGUAUUUUGCUGAUACAGUGGCUGAGUAUUCGUACGGAAAGAUGACCUGGAUGGCGAGAUUUACGCAGGAUGUAUUAAGACAUACUGACGCUGAGCCUUUGUUAAGCAUCGAAAUGCAGAUACAAUAGAAGAGGUUAUAUAGAUGCCAUUGCUUGUGUGCUGACCCCCAAGAAACACUUCUUAUGCUAUUCACUUCCUUAGUCUUCUCUAUUGGCACCUCGGUGAUCCAAAGACACUCUCUUCUAUGCCAGAACCAUCGGGCAAAGAGGGCCAUCUCAUCCAUCCAUCGUCAAAAGCACACCCUACACCCGCAAAGCAUUGGGCUCUAUUCUGUGGUCAGAUAUCGGGUCAACAUUCUAUUCCCGCUGUUUGAUUGGACAAGUUCGAUCACGAUGGGUUGUCGACGAUUUCCUGAACCGCGAGCUUAUAUGGAAGGUAAAGCCUUCUACUGAUCCUCUUGAAGAUAUCUUCUCUUUGAUCUACGAGGAGGAUCUCGUUUCUGUUGGCGAGGAGCUGUCUCGAUGAGUAAGGGAAAAGCUGGAAAGGUCAGACACUUCUAAAAAAUCGAUCUUCGUACCAGACCCUUCAAGCCCUGGUGGACUCUUGUUCUUACCCGUUAAAACUCGGUGGAAAGACCCCACAGGUGCUCCGCGACCCGUGGGGAUCCGAGCCAAAACAUCGACAUCAUCCUGCGGCAUUAAACCGCCAUACUUAACGUCAUCAGGAGAUGCGAUCGUCCUGUUUACCAUAUAAGUUCUCCUCAACUUCCUUCCGUGUUAAGAGCACCCGAUAGAUAUCCUGGCUACAGAAGCUGGGCAGAAAGAAGGGUGUGUAUGGAGGCUUGGUCUGGGAAGCGAGCUAGUACAGACCUGGAAAGAGUUGCCAGGAAGGGACGUUAAGAUGGGAAGGAAGGGAGAGGUCGAUGGGCAUUUAUUGGGGGUUGCUUGGUAUGGCAAGGAAGAAGAUAAGGGGCCUGGAGAGAUGGACAAUGUGGGGAUGGUGUUAAUUUAUUAUACUAGGUCUUGUACCCAUGAAUCAUUCUGACACAGAGAACCAUCGAGAUCCGAAUCGUUUAGAAAAGGACACGGAAGAGAUAUACAGAAGCCAUCGCCAACCAAGUUUAUACAUUUGUACUAAAUGCCCAUGUACCCUAAAA